UUCUCCCUCUCCCCUACAUAAACCCUAGCGGAGACGCUCGCGUCUCCCCCGAUCGAAGGAAAAUCCCCCAAAAUCGCUCCCACCAUCGCUUCUCCCUCUCCCCUACAUAAACCUCACAGACGCCUCUCCCCCCGAUCGAAGGAAAAUCCCCCAAAAUCGCCCACCAUCGCUUCUCCCUCUCCCCUACAUAAACCUCACAGACGCCUCUCCCCCCGAUCGAAGGAAAAUCCCCCAAAAUCGCCCGAAAAUGAGCCAGGAGCAGGUGAAUCCCAAGGCGUACCCUCUCGCCGAUGCGCAGCUCACGAUCACGAUCCUCGAUCUCAUCCAACAAGCCGCGAACUACAAGCAGCUCAAGAAGGGGGCCAACGAAGCGACGAAGACGCUGAAUCGGGGGAUAUCGGAGUUCGUCGUGAUGGCGGCGGAUACGGAGCCCCUCGAGAUCCUUCUCCAUCUCCCAUUGUUAGCAGAGGACAAGAAUGUGCCGUAUGUAUUUGUGCCUUCGAAGCAAGCUCUGGGCCGAGCAUGCGGUGUCACGAGGCCUGUCAUCGCAUGCUCUGUGACUAGCAAUGAAGGAAGCCAGUUGAAGUCCCAAAUUCAGCAACUCAAGGAUGCAAUUGAGAAGCUCCUCAUCUAAGUAAUCUCGAAGGAAACCUUUCAGCAUGAAGGGCCCGGUUAGAGGGGGCUACAGCUUCUUCAGGGGCUUGGACUGAUGAUUGUCUAAUGUUACGCAGAGUUAGUAUUUAUCGCCGUCUUUGUUUUUUAUUAUUUAUCUUUGUUUUGUUCCAUCGGCGAUGUUUCGGGAGUUGAAUGUUACCUUGUGUUUGCCAGGUGAGGAUUGUUUGCUAUGAAUCAAAUGAUUUUAAGUAUGAAUGAAUGGACAUGCUAAGCUUAGUAAUCUAUAUAUAGUUUUGUAGCUCUUCAGAUGACAUUAGUUUCAUCUAAAUAUGGGGUUUUGUUUUGUUUAAAA